GUUCGGUUCAUCAUCUGCUUCAUCCAAACUUAAGACACCAACUUGAUUAGCAACCAAGCAAAGAUCAUUUGGCCUCUGCAUGGACGAUUUGUCAACAUGACGAUUUUGGAGAUGUAUGUCCAAAUGGAUUGCUCGGGAUGUGAGACCAAGAUAAGGAAGGCUCUCAAAAAGUUGAAAGGAAUUCACCAGAUAGAAAUAGAUCGGUACAUGCAGAAGGUGACAGUCAUGGGUUUUGCCGAUCAGCGGAAGGUCCUUAAGGCAAUGAAGAAGACGGGGAAGGUGGUUGAGCCAUGGCCAUACCAGCUUAAUAACGACAUGGAAUACACCUACAAUCAGUACUAUCAUGGCAACCGCAUAAACGGUGAUGACUACUCGACCAGCUCGCACCUCUUUGCAUCAAUUCCACACAAUUACUCUGGUUCCAAUUAUAACCACCACGGGAGGAACAGAUACUCGAGACGAGGCCAUAUCAGUUAUUUUGACCAGCCGGCUUACUCGGACUUGGUGAAGGACAAGCCUGGUGCUUAUUUCAGUGACGAUAAUGCUGUUGGAUGUUCUAUAAUGUGACAUAUGCUUGUGUUACGUAACCGGGGUACUAUGCUACGGCUACUUAUAUAGAUACUGAGCGCGUUUGCUUUUCAUGCAAAUAUAUGAGUAUUAUUGCAAUGUGAUUCCAUGUACUAAACAAGUUAUAACUUCCUCUGCAUAAACUACGGGGAGAAUAAAAAUCCUAUUGUAUGUACAUAUCUAUCUAAAUAUUAUAAAGUUA